CCGCCACCACCACCGCCCCCGGCCGGCGGCGCCAAGCCCUGCUCCAAAACUUUCGGUACCAUGCACGAGCUGGUGAACCACGUCACGGUAGAGCACGUGGGCGGCCCCGAGCAAAGCAGCCACAUCUGCUUCUGGGAGGACUGUCCGCGCGAGGGCAAGCCCUUCAAGGCCAAAUACAAACUGGUCAAUCACAUCCGCGUGCACACAGGCGAGAAACCCUUCCCUUGCCCCUUCCCGGGCUGCGGCAAGGUCUUCGCGCGCUCCGAGAACCUCAAAAUCCACAAGCGCACUCAUACAGGGGAAAAGCCUUUCAAAUGUGAAUUUGAUGGCUGUGACAGGAAGUUUGCCAACAGCAGUGAUAGAAAGAAACAUUCUCAUGUCCACACCAGUGACAAGCCCUACUACUGCAAGAUUCGAGGCUGUGACAAAUCCUACACUCACCCGAGCUCCCUGAGGAAGCACAUGAAGAUUCACUGCAAGUCCCCACCACCUUCUCCAGGAGCCCUUGGUUACUCAUCAGUGGGGACUCCAGUGGGUGCCCCCUUGUCCCCUGUGCUGGACCCAACUAGGAGUCGCUCUAGCACUCUGUCCCCUCAGGUGACCAACCUCAAUGAGUGGUACGUUUGCCAGGCCAGUGGAGCCCCCAGCCACCUCCACACACCUUCCAGCAAUGGAACCACUUCCGAGUCUGAAGAUGAAGAGAUAUAUGGGAACUCUGAAGUUGUGCGGACGAUACAUUAG